AUGAAACUUGUUUCACAGAUCUUAUAUAAGAUCUGUCUGUUAUGUUCUCCGCCUGAAAACGAAGACAGAGCAGCUACCUCACAAGUUGAGCAGUCAAGCAUGGCCCACAUCAAUGGUCCAGUGGUGGAACAGUUCACUUUUGAAGAAAGGUCAGCUCCCUUCAAGAGCUGCCAUGCCUCUACCAUUGUUGAGGUUGAUAAGGGUCACUUUUUGGUUGCAUAUUUUGGGGGCACUUCAGAAGGUGCACCUGAUGUCAAAAUCUGGUUGCAAACUUACAAGAAUGGCAUAUGGGAAUCACCUGUAGUUGCUGAUGAGCAACCUAAUGUUCCUAUGUGGAAUCCUGUGUUGUUCAAGCUUCCAUCAGAUGAGAUACUUCUGUUCUACAAAAUAGGCCAAGAAGUUCAGAAAUGGAGUGGUUUCAUGAAGCGCUCAUAUGAUAAAGGCAUUACUUGGACAGAAAGAGAACAACUUCCUCCUGGAAUACUAGGACCUAUAAAGAAUAAGCCUAUUUUGCUAGAAAACAAUCGUCUGCUAUGCGGAUCAUCUGUUGAGAGCUGGAACUCCUGGGGUGCCUGGGUUGAGUUCACAACAGAUUUUGGCAGGACAUGGAGCAAGCAUGGCCCAAUUUACCUAGAAAAUCAACCUCUUAGUGUGAUUCAACCAGUGCCUUAUCAGACAGCAGAUGGGAGAUUACGCAUUCUACUACGAUCUUUUGAUGGCAUCGGUAGAAUAUGCAUGUCAGAAUCGUCUGAUGGUGGCAAGACUUGGGGAUUUGCAGCAGCUACCAAGCUCCCCAACCCAAAUGCAGGCAUUGAUGGGGUUAAGCUUAAGGAUGGCCGUUUAGUGCUUGCAUACAAUACGGUGUCAAGGGGUGUGCUUAAAGUCGCAGUCUCCGAGGAUGAUGGCGAUUCUUGGGAAGAGGCUCUCACAUUGGAAGACACAGUGGGGAUGGAAUUCUCAUAUCCUGCUGUUAUUCAGGCUAAUGAUGGCCUAAUACACAUCACUUAUACAUAUGACAGAACACAAAUUAAGCAUGUUGUUCUUCGGCCAUAGUGAUUUGGUGUAAAUUGUUCCAAAUAAACUUGAAAAAGAACCAUGUCUUCUUUUCUAUCAUCCGAAGGACUGAGUACAGGGGCAAAGACUGACGCAUGGAUUGUCUAUCCUUACUUCUAAUUGUCAAAUAAUAUGCUUCAGAGUUCAGACAUUGUUUUGUUAAUUUUUUUUUUCAGUGUUGAUGAUAUCUGAAAUGAAAGAAGAGGGAAAAAAGAUGCACUAAACAAACAAAAGAACGGUUUCCAGA